GUCUGACUUCCUGUCCGACGAUCACAAACACCCAAGGGCGGAUUUGCAUCGAUCAGCUGCAACUGUGCGGUCGUUAAAGAUGAGGGACGUCGUUGUACCCCGAAUCUUUGUAAUCGUCUUAUGUGCGGUGGUUUUCGUGGCAGUUUUGGUGGUGAACGGCUUUGCAGGGGCGGGCAGAGGUUCCUUCCAUUCCUCCACAGGCAACGUGUCAGCCCGUUAUGAGACAGACAUCACCCCCGCUGGCUGGACUUUCUCCAUUUGGGGUGUUAUUUAUACCUGGCUCUCCUUAAUGGUCAUAUAUAUCACUUUAUAUGUGUUCAGAGGAUCCUGGGCUCAUUGUCUGCUGCCGUACGCCUUCUAUUUCUUCUGGCUGUUCAACAUGGUGCUAAAUAUGACAUGGCUGCUGUUGUGGGAUCGAGAGUUGAUGCUGUCAGCACUGGUUUUAUUGAUCCUGAUAGUGAUUUCCAACUACAGUGCGUUGAGUAUCUGUUGCUUUGCCACAGAUUACUAUGGACUCUGGCUAAAGACAUAUUAUCCCAAAGAUCUGACCUGUAUCACAAUUUUGGUCCAGAAUGGUUUGGCUCUCUACACCACAUGGACAUCCAUUGCUUCUUUGAUCAACUUCACUUUAGUCCUUCAAUUGUGGGGUGUGGUCCGGAGCACAGCAGCAACAGUGUCCCUUUGCCUCCUCUUUGCUGAGCUCGUCGGAUGGUUUAUACUUGAAAACUGGGUACUGGAUCGCUGGGUGCGCAACAUUCUGACAGUGUACCCUGUUGUGAUCGUGGCGCUGUUUGGAAAUGUCUUCAAACAUUUUGACCCAGCGGACCCCAGCCCAAAUGUCAUCUUUACGGGUUCCAGUGGCCUCCAUAAUCCUGAAACGGAAGCCGUUUGGGACGACCAGCAACCCUUCCUCGAGCUGCCCGUCCGGCCAAACGGAGCCAUCGGGGGAGAAGAGCCUUGGUGACCGAGUGCAGCGUGGCGAGACUACGACAGUGAGUGCAUGGGUAAUGUAUAAUUGGCCCGACAGAAAUGUGACAACCAACUCAAGACAAAAUUGGCAGCAUGUUGAAAUGGGGUUGUAAGUUAACUGUUUAAGAAGUUCAUGACAAGAGGGAAGAAGCUGUUGGAAUGUCUGCUUGUUUUAGUCUUCCUUGUUCGGUAGCGCUUACCUGAGGGAAGGACUUGGAAGAGGUGGUGAGCAGGAUGUGGAGGGUCCAAGAGGAUUUUGCAUGCUCUUGUCUUAGUUCUGGCAGCAUCCUCAAGGGUAGGUAGAGGGGUACCGACAAUCUUUUCAGCAGUUUUGAUUGUCCGUUGCAGUCAGAAUUUGUCCUUUUUUGUAGCAGCACCAAACCAGACCGUGAUGGAAGAACACAGGACUGAUUCGAUGACUGCUGUGUAGAACUGCCUCAACAGCUCCUGUGGCAGGCCGUGCUUCCUCAGAAGCCGCAGGAAGUACAUCCUCUGCUGGGCCUUUUUGAGGACGGAGUUGAUGUUGAUCUCCCACUUCAGGUCCUGAGAGACUGUAAUUCCCAGGAUCUUGAAGGUCUCGACGGUUGACAGCUGUGGCAAAGGAUGCUCCCUGAAGUCCACGAUCUUCUCUACAGCCUUGAGCGUGUUCAGCUCCAGGUUAUGACGGCUGUACCACAGCUCCAGCCGCUCCACUUCCUACGCAGACUCGUCACCGUCUUUGAUGAGGCUGCAAAGGGUCCAGCAGCGGACCUGUGACACUCUUGAGGUGGCCCAGCACGAGGCGUUCAAAGGACUUCAUGACCACAGAUGUCAGACGACAGGCCUGUAGUCAUUCAGACCCGAGAUUGCAGGUUUCUUGGGGACUGGGAUGAUGGUGGAGCAUUUGAAACAGUUCAAAUGCUCCACCAUCACACAGUUCCAGAGAUCUAUUGAAGAUCUGUGUGAAGACUGGAGCGAGCUGCU